CACCAAAUAGACAACAAACUCAACACUCUUACACUUGCCAGGCAAAAUUCUUCUUGUCCCUUCUGCUCUGUUCCAUUCACCGACAUGAAAAUCCCUCUCGAACUCUAUGAGCUUUCGCCGAAUUACAAGAACCUAACGGUUUUCUUCAACUGCGACCCUCGUAUCCGUUACCUCGAGAAUUUCACUUGUUCAGAGGGCAGAAUUGGCUCGGUGUACCAAAGCCAAGCAUAUCAUCAAUCUUGUCAAACGAUUUUCAAUGUUAUCGCCCCUGAAGGCUUCGUACCUGAAGAAGAAGCGUGGAAUCUGAUCAUCGGUAAGGUCUUCGUGAUGGUUUUUAAAGCGGCGUUACUCCUAAUAUUUGUAGGAAGUUUGAUUGCAUCAGUGACUGAAUUCUUUUUUGAGAAGAUAGAUGCAUUUAAAAAUCCAAUGAUUGGGAAUUUUGAGGAACUUAUUCCGCUGAAACGGUAUAGCUACACAGAGAUUAGCGAAAUGACAAACUCAUUCGCUCAAGAAAUCGGGAGAGGGGGAUUCGGAAUUGUAUAUGGAGGAACCAUUGGGGCCGGUCUCAAGGUCGCAGUGAAGGUCUUGAAAGAGUCAAAGAGAAACGGUGAAGACUUCAUAAACGAAGUGGCGAGUAUGAGCAGAACAUCUCAUGUUCAUAUAGUCUCUCUUCUUGGAUAUUGCUUUGAAAGUUCCAAACAAGCGAUUAUAUAUGAAUUUGUGGAAAAUGGGUCACUCGAUAAGUUUAUAUCCGGCGAGGCCUCAUCCAUUGAUCUGAGAAAAAUGCUAUGUGGGAGUAAGGAAAGUGUCUUGUUGAUGUCAGAGAUGAGAGGAACCAUCGGGUACAUCGCACCCGAAGUGUUUUCAAGAAUGUAUGGGAGAGUCUCUCACAAGUCGGAUGUGUAUAGUUAUGGAAAGUUGGUUCUUGAGAUGAUAGGAGCAAGAAAGAGGAAUUCUGUAUCCAGCAACAACAUCAGUUCAAUGUACUUCCCAGAUUGGAUCUAUAAGGAUCUUGAAAAGAAAGACUCAUGCCCAUCAGAUCGCCCAUCAAUGAACAGAGUUGUUGAGAUGAUGGAGGGAAGCUUAAGUGCUCUUGAAGCUCCUCCUAAGUCUCUUUUACAAUUAUCUGCAUCGCCAAUGCUCCCAUCAUCUUGCCCUGAAGAAGAGAAUUCAAUCUUAUCCGAAGUAUGAUUCUUGAAAACGCAUGUUAUAUGUUUAAAUAUGUGUGUAAAUGUUUACUUCAACUGAUAUAUGCCUGAAAUAUGGAUAGAUUUACCCAUCGGUUUUUGAAUAUAAAAUAGCUAAAUGUAUACAUUAAAUCUUGAAAAAGGUAAAUUUUGCAUUCUUAUUGCCGUUUGAUACCUCUGCCUAAUUAAUAAAGUCAAUACUAGAGU